GUCCAGGGUCCCCGUGAAUGAACGUGCUCAUCUCCCCCGCCACCUACGCUCAUUUGUCUUUGUAUGGUGGGCAACACUACGGUUUUGUGGUAUCGUGAUUUAAGCCUCUCAUGGUUGACGAUAUAGAGGAUCUAUCCCCAGCUUCGGAUAGCGACUGGGCCUCGGCGGACGGGGCAUCGCUAGAUGUAACUACGUUGGCGUCGAGUGUUCUGAAUUAUGAGUACAAGAAUGGCCGAAGAUAUCACGCCUACCGCUCAGGCGCAUAUUUAAUGCCAAACGACGAGGAGGAGCAGGACCGCAUGGACCUCCUCCAUCACAUAUAUGCCCUGAUUCUCGAUGGCGGACUGCACAUGGCGCCGAUCAAGUCUCAUCCGGAGCGAGUCCUCGAUUUGGGAACAGGUACCGGGAUUUGGGCGAUUGAUUUUGCUGAUCAGUAUAAGUCUGCGGAAGUAUUAGGAAACGACCUCAGUCCCAUUCAACCUAGCUGGAUACCCCCAAACCUCCAAUUCGAAAUCGACGACUACGAAGCAGACUGGGUCUAUUCACGGCCCUUCGACUACAUCCACGGUCGCGAGCUAGCAGGCGCAGUCAGCAACUUUGACAGACUCUUCCGACAAGCAUUCAAACACCUAAAGCCAGGUGGGUACCUGGAGAUGCAGAGCUUCCGCAUCGAAGUAUACGCCGACGACGACUCACUCGACCGAGCACCAUAUACCACGAGAAUGUGCUCGUUAAUCCAGGAAGCCAGUGUCAAAUUUGGAAAGCCAAUGGCGAAUAUGGACGAGUGGGCGGAUAGAAUGAUCAAGGAGGGAUUCGAGGAUGUGACAUGCAAGAUUAUCAAAGUGCCCAUUAGUCCAUGGCCAUUGGAUAAGAAACAGAAGGAGAUUGGGAAAUACUUUCAGGCGCAGCAGAUGCAGGGCAUUCAGUCUUAUGUUCCGGAGUUAUUGCAGAAUAUUCUGAAGUGGGGCCCGGACGAGGUUGAGGUUUUGAUGGCGGGGGCAAGGAAGGAGUUGUUCGAUACCACAGUGCAUCAGUAUGGGAAAUUGUAUUUUGUCUAUGGCAGGAAGCCCGGGGGAUAGGUCUGUUAUACAUGUGAGAUCUGUUGUUGGGAUUCGGUGUAUUGUGCUUUUAUCUUAAUGAAGUCACGAUGAGAAUAAUGAUAGUCGAUUCAAGAUCUUGCCAUGGCUACGUUAAGCAUAUCUGGCUGAUCUUUAUGAACAGCAUGUAUGACAAGACUUGUGUUUUGACAAUAGUAAAGGGCACAGAUACUGGUCAUUAAGUAGACGUCAAAUCUGUAUAGA